UUCCGGUCUAAACAGGAAGCGCGAAAAAAUGAAUGACAGAAGCCCAGAUAGGUAUAAAUGUUUGGAUUUUACCUUUAAAGAUGAUAUGUGUUAUCAUCAUGUAAGAUGCAAGCACCGCCAAUUUGUAAACAAGAUUUUCAUUUGAACUAUGGCGUGUUCUCAAGAGGACGAUCUAGUGGCGAAGACAUAUUCCAAAAUGGAAGAAGUUGAAGAAACUUUCGCAAAGCUGGAAAAAGCAAAUGUACCAUCCAUUCCUAUUGGUGCUACGGGGGAGGAAGCAGAUGAUCAUUCUUUAUCCGAACUGUCCCCAAAAAUUCUCACUGCGAAAUUCCAAAGAAUCAAGGCCGAAUUAGAUGUUUUACACCAUUCACCAGUGGCCAGUAUUUCUGACAAUGAAGAAGUACAGUUUGAAUUAUUUACAAAAGAGCUUGAAAAAGAUAUUUUAGAAUUGCAAGAAACAUAUUCUUUUGUGUGUGGACAAACAAAGGAUAUAGAUAAUAUGAUAAAAAAGGAAGAAGAAGUACUCAACCAAAAUAAAUGUGUAUCAGAAAUGCUUCAGAAAAAACUUCAAUGUCCAGAGGAAGAACGUGACCGCAUGCCUGACCGUCGCAAAGAGGAGAUCUAUCAAAAGAUACAAAAUGGAGAAAGUUAUCUCACGGAGGUUGUGAAGAAGCUGGGAUCAUUUGUCGACAAACAUUUUCCAUUACCUUCACAGCAGGUGUUUUCAGAACAGAUGAAAAAGUUAAGAUCUGCAGAUCGAAAAUUUAAACUGCAUGACAUGAUAUCCUUAAAACAGAUUUUAGAAAGUCUCAUGAACAAAUGUGUCGAUAACCCAAGUGAUCCUUACAUAACCAUAAAUCAUCGGUUUUGGCCACCCUACAUUGAACUCUUGAUCACCUGUCAGAUUGCUCUACGGCAUCCAGACAACAAAGACAGAAUCAAACUAUCCCCAUUUCAUCUCUGAUGACUGUUUGAUUUUAAAAGUGUAAAAUUAUUUGUUUUUUGUUUUGCAUUAAUUAUAUUGGCUCACCAACAAAUGAGCCUUAUCCAUAUGCCAUUGUGCAGUCUGUCUGUUUGUCCAGGUUCAACCCAUUUUUUUCUUAAUGGCCCAGGCUUCUAUAUAACCAAAAAUCCAAACUGAUUUGAUUUUUUCAGUAAAAUGUUUUUUUUUUUUAUUCCUAUGCUAUGGGAGUAGAAGAAUGAAAUCUGAGAAAGAUCCGGGGUUAAUGAAAUCUAUUUAAAUGAGAUAUGUUUGUGAUACAGGCCCAUUAGGGCUUUUGUUGCAUAUUUAUUAUUAAUCUGUACAUGCUCUAGAUCUACUACACAGCACUUCAUAUGCACAAUGUAGUUUAAUAACAGAGACAAGUUUUGUCUGUAUAUUAAUAAUUAAUAAUUAGUAAAAAAAUUCAGGGUUAUGGCAACUUAUGGAACAUAUCACUAGAGACUUAAUAAUCAGGUUUACUUAGCAUUCUAUUAACAACUUUUAGUUGACAUAUUUAAUUUUCAUGUAUUUUGAAAAUUUCGGAAUAUUUUUUUUUCUUGAGCUUAAGGCUAUAUGUUAGGUCAAGGUCACCUUAAUUUAUUCUGAAACAUCAAAUUGUACAAACUGCUUUGUCAUCACUAGCUAUAAUGUAAUGAAAGAACAUACAAAACUUUCUUUUACCUUGAAUAUUAAGCAAUAUGUGCAAUGUGUUGUAUGUUAAAAAUCAGUACAAAGAUAAUGAAUUGAUGGAUAAUGAUCAUCAGUUAAUGCCUUAAUUAGACAUUAAAAACAAUAAUGUAAUUAUAUAACGAGUUGUAAUAAUUCAUUUAUAUAUACAAAACCCGACAUAACAUUAUUGCUUAAGGUAAUAUUUUACCGUUUUUUGACAUUUUAACCAUCUAAAUUACCCUAUUUGUUGAUAAAAGUCUAAAAAUUUAAAGAAAUGAUGACUUUAGUGAAAACUGGAGCAUUUCUAUUUUUUGGUUGGAUUAUCGUAGUCGAAUAACCGAAAAAUACGACUUUUCCAACCCAAUUAAAAUGAUGCAAGAGAAAAUGCUUUUGUUUUUUGAAUUUUUACCCCAAUAAACGAAAUACCCUAUUAAGCGUUACCCGAUUAAGUGGAAUCUACUGUAUAUAAUUUCAACUUAAGAGUCAUUUUCCUGAAAGCUAGUCAUAUAUUUUUCACUUCAACAUCGUAAUUUCCAUGACUAACCUUUUUUUACCAAGUUACACAUGGGGGUAAAAUUGUAAAAUGAAAGAUUAUUGUUUAUAAUUGUAUAUUAUAAAAAGAGAAUCCAAAUUUCACCAUCAUAUUUUCACCGUUCCAAUGACUUUUACCAUAGUCCCCGACAGAUUUUAACUCUACAUGCAAGGAUCAGUUUUACUUAAUCUUCGAUAUAAAAAAAGUUUGAAUAAUUGAUCACAGAGGAAGGUUUUAGUUAUUACUAUGUCAAGAAUAUUAAAAAAAUGUACCAUCAAGGCUUCCAAUACAACUAGCUGAUCCUCCACUUUUAGCAAUUUCAUUUUAAAAUCAGAAUUUAACAUGUCCCUUCAAUCCCCGGAGUCAAAUCUCACUUGCAAGAGUUUGACACUAAGGAUAGGGAUAAUACAAAACUUCUACAUUAGAAAUGCGACAUGCAAUACAAAAAUUUUACACUAGGAGAGGGGUAAUGUAAAACUUUUACACUAGGAGAGGGGUAAUACCUGGUACAUUACCCCUACCAGAUUUUUAACCCACCAUCUGAUGAUAAGGGGCUUCUCAAAUCGCCUUGCUUCCAUCAGUCUGUCCCUCUGUAAACAAUUCUUGUUAUCGCUAUUUCUCAAAAAGUACUGCAUUUUGGGACUAAUCGGGAAAACAACCUGGCCGACAGGCGAUCAUCUUGGAUUUUGACAAUUGGAAGUUGUUGUUUUU